AUAGAAGAGAUCAAGUCUUACUACUAGUGUCGAUCAAUGGUGGACAUAGCACCUACUGAGGGGACCAAGAAACGGUCUAGGAGACCUAGCGAUGGAGCCAAUGUGGCCCAUGACAAUCCCGAAGAAGAACGGGCCAAAGAUGGCGGAGAUAACAAGAUGAUUGCAACAGGGUCUAAGAACAACAAUGACGACUCAUCGAACACAAAUAUGAAGGAACCAUCAGAGCUGUUACCAAUACCGGUGCCUUUGAAAAAACGGUCCAAGACCUUCACUGGAUGCUUCACAUGUCGAUCCAAGAAAAUUAGAUGUGAUUUGGCCCGACCACAUUGUCAAAAUUGUCGUAAGAGUAAAGUUCCCUGUGGCGGAUAUAACAUCAACUUGAGAUGGAGCAUCCCAAUUCGGUUUGACCGGCAUGGGAACGCAUUGAAUGGGGUUUUCCAGCAACAAGGAGGUGUUUCUGGGAAACAUAGUGGCGGCAAUGCAGAUGAAUUGGCAGAGGGAACUGCAGCUGCUGCCAUCACCCCACAUUUCCACCGUAGACAAGUUGGAUUUGUGAAAUUGGAAGAAGAGAAAAACCAUAGACCGUACCGGUAUUACCAUGAGAUGGAUAGUGAUUUGGGGGUGUUACAUAACUCGGGAGGAGACCCCAAAAUUGGCGGAAACAAGACGAAAAUGUUGGGACCAUUUGGAGUUUUCAACGUUGAUGUACGAGACGGUGAAGCUGGCGAGCUGGGCACCGUCUCCAGAGGAGUAGCCACCGCACAGGUGCCCACCAUCAAUGGGAAUACUAGGACUAAUAUGACCGCUAGUCCAGUCAAAACCUCUCUUAAUCUGGCGUCCACUGGAGACAUUCCCCACCAAGUGACGACGGAUUCUCCAAUGGGAUCAACCACACUGCUAGGACAUGGUUCUACCGGGCCAACAGAACCAUCAGCUGGAGGAGGACCUGGCGGCGGAGGCGGACCUGGAGGAGGAGGAGGAGGACCCAUGUUGGACAACACAUUGUGGCUUUCCAAUGAGCUUCGGGACGAUGCCCUUCUUACCGCUGCGGCUCUUAACGGUGACACCCAAUUUCUAGACAUCAUGUCAACAUUCUCCACCCCAAACUCAAACGUCUUGACUCCAGUGAAUUACACAAACUCCUACUACACAAACCAGAACGAUCUUUUGAAUUUGGUGUUCCAUAGACACCAGUCCAAUGACCAACCAGUCCCCGCAGCAGGCUCUGCCGGGACUGGCACCCCUGGACAUGGUUCUGGUGUCCCAUCGAACCCACACAAUAUGUCAAUGCUCUUGAAUGAGGGUACCCGGCCCACCGGCACUGCCACCGACUUUGCGGUGGACUACUCGAACUACAACGAUUUCUACUACAACAACCCAUACAAACAGAAUGAAGAUCUAGAGAUCCAUUUGGACGCUUCCGCGGUACACAAUCCACAACAGGAGGCCGGCACCGACAUCGUAGAAGGAGCACCAUCGAACUCGACCACCAUGCCAUCUUCCAUCAUGUGCACGGUACAACUGUCACUCCAACCAAAAUUGGGGUUCGAUAUCACCAUCCCGGCCAGUGUGGCGUCCCCCGCGGCCGCCGCCAAUGGGUCAUCGUCUACUUCACAAACAGAAACCACCAACGUCCCACGACCCAUUAAUCUCCCAACUACAGCGCUUCAAGUGCAACCACUCACUCGGUACCUUCUCAAUUAUUACAUCACUCAAGUGGCAGAUCUUAUGACGGUCAUCCCACUUACCGAGAACCCUUGGAAAUCCAUCUAUUUCCCUCGAGCACUUAUGGCCAUUGGGGAACUUUCCGCUCUUGGACAUACUUCCGAUGCGAAGAAUGCUCUUCUUAAUGCACUUCUUGCCGUACUGGCGUUCAAUCUUCAAUCAAAAUUCCCCAAGAAUUCAAAACCAAUGAAGUAUUAUCUUCAUUUGGGGAUCAGACUCCGGAAUCAAGCGUCAGUGUUUGUGAAAAAAUUGCUUAGUUCCAAUGGAUCCGACGAACAAGCAGGCAUUGAGAAUUGCGUACGUAACGAGAAGUACAAGGAUGUGUUGUGUGCGGUGAUGUCCAUGAUCAGUGUUGAUCUUGUGUGGGGGACCAUGCAAGACACAAACUUCUACAUCAACUGGUGUGGACGGGUCAUUCUGAGCAAGAUGAAGAACAAGGUGAAGCUUUCCUCAAAGGCGAGGUUAUUACAUCGAAUCUUUUCCUCGUUGAAAUUGAUCCAGGACUCUACAAAUUUGGAUUUGGAGAACAUCAAAAGUGAUCACAUUAGAGGUGGGUACGAUGUCAAUGGAGAUAAGUUUGGUAGAAGUGAUAGCACCAGUGUGGGCCCCACGGAUAAGAAUAGAAUAGAUUUCAUUUUGGGCAAGGAGGGAAGUGGAGGUGGAGGUGGAGGUGGAGAAGGGGGAGAGUCAAAGAAGGAAACGAUAAAACAACCAACGAAAAGCACCUCACCAACAUUUCUUAAUAAAAAACUUAUCAAUACGAAGAACAACGAUGAGAAUUUUGCCACCGAUGGGUUAUAUGGACUCCCCAAUUCACUUAUUCUUCUCUUUGGAGAAACCGUGAGAAUCCUUCGGAUCAAAAUCUUCCAUGAGAAAACUUUCCAACCACUUCCAAAGACCUUCCAAACAGAGGUUGAUACGCUCAAGAAGGAUCUCAAUUCAUGGAAAUUGGAUUGGAACUUGUACACUACACCGGUGAAGGACGGCACAGAUGAAGAGCAAAAGAAGGAAUUCUUCUCGUCGAUGCACGAGGCAACCUACCAUCAUAUCAUGUCAUUCUACCAUGCACUCAUCAUCUACUUCAACAAGCUUAUUCUUGGCACCCCGACCACCGAGCUUCAACAAUACGUUGAGAAAACGCUCCGUCAUUUGAAUGCCAUCCAGGUUUUGAUCGCCCAGGACAAGGCGGCCAUCAUCCCACUUUUCUGGCAAGGGUUCAUUGCUGGCUGCGAGGCCAUUUCUCAAGACCUUCAAAUGGGGUUUAAGAAAUGGGGGUCGGACAUUGCACAGUAUCUAGGAAGUUAUUGGGGGGCCAGACAAAUCAUGCUUGAAGUAUGGAGAAGGAAAAGAGUCAACGAGGGAAGAGAUGAUUGGGUGUGUGUCAUUCAAGACUGGGAGAUGAAUUUGAUGUUGAAUUGAGAAUACAUAGAGAGGUCUCGAAGAGAAUAUAAAAUAUAUACAAC